AUGCCUCGUUUCAAAGCCCCCUCAAAUCUCCCUGAGCUUGUCAAAUCCACUUUCACAAAGGCUCGCUCGGAGGGUGAUUUGCAUUAUUUCCCCACUCAAGUCGUCAUCCUCAAUGUUGAUUCCAUCCCCUUCCAGCUCCGCUUCUCACCUUCUUUGGCAAACAAACCAAAGCCGCCGCCAAAGGACCUCACCAAACCUCAAAAGCCCUUUGACCCUUUUGAGAACCCACUCCCCGCUCUCAAGGUCACAGAUCUUGGGCCCUCUCACUAUCUCGUGCUGAACAAGUUUGCUGUUGUUCCCGAGCACUUCAUUCUUGCCACCACCGAGUUCAAGCCCCAAACUCAUGUCCUCGAAGAGUCUGACCUUGAGGCCACACUCGCCUGUAUUGAGGCAUAUGAAGCUGCCAGAAGAACCCAAGCAGAACAAGGCCACCGCGAUGGCACACUCGGCGGCGGUGAUGGCCUCUUUGCCUUUUUCAACUGCGGUGACCACUCUGGUGCCAGCCAACCUCAUCGUCACAUCCAACUCCUCCCCAUCGCCAGAAUGAAAGAUGGCUUCGAGACUGACACUCCUUGGUCUGUUCUCGCCGAUCAACUCAAAACUAAGAUCGUUCCGUUUGCUACCUUUGCCGAAGACAUCAAACUUGGUAUGUCUGGUGCGGAGUUGCACUCCACUUAUCUCCGACUCUACCGCAAAGCCUGCCGGGCUGUUGCUGUUUACACCAAAGAUCCCCUCCACCCUGAAGAAGCACCCGCUGAGGGUCCCACAAGAAUCAGUUACAACAUGGCCAUGACCAAAGACACACUUGUUGUCUGCCCCCGCCUGGCAGAGGGCGUCAAGCUCCAAAGCCAGGACGGUGAUAUACUUGGUACCGUCGCUCUCAACGGCACUCUCCUUGCCGGCACAGCACUGGUCAAGAACGAGUUGGAGUGGGAAGCUCUCAAGAAAGAUCCCCAGACGCUACGCAACGUUCUUCGGGACAUCGGAGUGCCAACCACAUUUGAUAAUGGCGGAGCGCUUCGCUUCUUACCUUACAAAGGGCGUGUCCAUUUGAGCCAGUCAUCCACAGAGCCCAUCUGCUGGCGGUCCAGGCAAGCCCCGACUGCAUCUCUACAACACCGUGACGGUGGCCGAUACGGCGGAGAACGCGAGAGCCGACGCACCGGAAGCAACAUGGAACCCAUUGGUGGCCUACAAGCUCUGCUAGGGCUUCGAAGAGGCACGCAGUGGAAGGCUGCCUUGGGGUUUGGUAUUCGCGUCGCGGAGCUUCAUGACUUCCUUGCCACCCCUGAGGGUAAUGCUUUCAUGACUCAGGUUUCCGGGAUGUCUGCUUCCCAGCAAAUCUGGGUUAGAAGAGGGUCUUCGCCUCAAGAGGAGGACGCAGCACGCCGCUUCUACCAUUCCAGUGUCCACGGCGAGAGGUUACCUCCCGUUGCUCAGGUUUCAGGCCUAGCCAGCGGCCUUCGCGCCAAGAAGCAGCGCGAGCACGCUGCGAUCCGGGAUGCUGGCAUGACCAAGCUGUACAAGCAUGUUGCCAUCACCUUCAAAUACAACAUGGACCUCCGAGGGGGCAUAUUUGGUGCCUCUUCAACUGGCAGUGAUGGGGGGUGUUUAGAUGGUGCUCAGGACCUCGCCCUCAACGAUGCUAGAUUCAUCUGA